AAUUUUGUAACCGACGUGCUUUUUCCGUUUUUACAACUUUUUAGAUAACUAUUACUAAAAAUGGUAGUUAACAAUUCAUUGCAAAAACUUUUAGAAACAUUCCCAAAAUAUGUAACUGAAGUGCAAUCAAGUCCCAGCUAUGUAGAAAUGUAUACUGGAAAUAAUAAAGACAUUUUGCUUGUUUACGCUAAAGGAAAGCAGUCGACUGGGCCCACAGAUGGUUGUAAAAAUAAUAGAAUAUCAGAUGAAUUAGAACUCACUGGAUCUCCAUUAAAACUCGAUCUUAGUCUUCAUACAUUAUUGGAUGAAACUAUGAUGCCUGAUGAACCACAGCUGUGGAGGAAAGAGGAAAAUCUUCAUAACUCUAUAGACAUUGAUACAGCAAGAGAAAUAGCAAAUUUCUACAAUAAAAUCUUGUCAGAAACAAAUAAGGAUGAUUCAGUACCAAUGUGGGUGUUAUGUAACCCUUCAUCAGAGAAUAAACCCUUGUUGUUAUCUAUACAAUCAGAUAACAAUAACUUUACAAGAGGAAUUGUUACUUAUGAAGGUUCGUCAACAUUGGAUGAAGUGGAUGUAGAGAAAUUGAUUCAAGAUUUUGCAAUUCAAGCUGGAGUAAAAGAAGAUAUGGUAAAUAUAUCAGUAGAUUGCAAAUAUGUUUUGUCUGGAACAACAUAUACUUCAACAAACACAGAUGAGUUGUUGAACGCCCCACAUGGAGGAGUUACUGAACUACUAUGUUCAUGGUCUGUCAAAACUCUGCUUACACCAUACAUUAACUGUAAAGUUAACUAUGCGCAAGAAGUGAUUGUAGGUCAUUUAGCAAGUCCAUGUAGCACAAUAUGGAAGUCUGUUAGUUCAUUACACAAUAUUAACCAAAUUCUUGUAGAAAUGACAGCCGCAGGCUUCAGUUCUGUUAAUUUAGAAACUGCUCAAAUAAGAAAUACAGUGCAAGUUAUGAAAGUACCUGAUGUAACGAAACGUUUAAACAAAUUGUUUAAUGAGACAGAGAUAUAUACUUAUACCGCGGAAUGCCCCGCGGGAGGCUGCAUCUGUGUCACAGAGGACACAGACAGUCUGCGGCAAUGUUUAUCUUCUAUGGCAGUUAAUGGCUCCAGUAAUGAUUUUACAUACAAACUAUGGGAUAUUUUAAGAGAUUGUGCUAAUGCGGAAGAAUUAAUCACUUUAUUAUUGCAAGCACUAAAGUUUGUUUCUUCAGGGAAAAUAAGGCCAUUUAUAGACGUGAACAAUAAAACGUAUUUAUCUAAAUUAAUAUUAAAGUUAUCUAGAGGUCAUUCUCAGACGUCUAAAGUGCUAAAGAACCUCCAUUCCAGUCCUCCGCAAGCGCUGUCCUUACUAGCUCAGGUGGCCGUUGAGAAGACAAUGUGGGAGUACACCAAGCUAAUGUCUCUUCUAGAACAUUCUUUUUACAUCGCUGGUAUAUGGAAUGCUGAUAUAAGAACACACGAAUCGAUAGAACAGAUAAACCAAACGAUACAAGAUAUGACGAUGGGUGGAGAUUUUACUCUGAAUCCCUUCGAGAGUGUGAGCACAGGAGAGCACUCCAUACGACUGGACUCCGACUCCUUCUAUGCCGAGGACAAUGAGCUCACCGUGGAUGACUUCGCCUCGCUCAAGAAACAUGGCUUGGUUAAUGAAAGGAAAGAUGUUAAUGAGGUACCAUUAAUAGCAGAUGAAAUAGACAUAAGCCCGUGGAAGAAUUUACUUAUGAAGUUUGCUCAAGUGCAUGUCUGCUUGGAACAUUUGUAUCGCGUAGAGACAUGUUUGAGAGCUAAUUUCGAUCAAAUGAAACCGAUAGCUUCAAAGUUAUUAGAGCUGUAUGUAUCGGAGAAGUCUCCAGUGAGGGCUGUGGGUCAGUUGUUGAAUGACCCCGUGCAAACCAUUUGUAUACCCAUCACUAAUAAUAUCGUACAAGAUCAUUUAAAAAAAAUGGCGUUCUGGUAUCGUAUGGAAGUGACGAAGAAAGAUGAAGAUUCUGGAUUCAAGAGAGACAUGAAGUCGGUUUUCGUGUUCUCUCAGACGCCGGUAUUUCCACCUUCUGUUUGGCAACAUUUAGAGCCGUCAACUGAAGAUGUCGCUGAAGUGACUACGAUUGGUGAAGAAUUGAAAUAUCAUUGCACAAAAUAUACUUACAUCAGCAAUAAAUUGACAAGAAAACUAAAUAUUUAGUAUGUUUGAAAAUGUAUUUAAAGACAAUUAUCAUUAUAUGUUUAC